AUGCCCGCUGGAUUAGUCGAUCAAUUGACGGCUAUUGAAAAUAGUUAUACUGAAUUACGAUCAAAAUCAUCAUUUGAUCAUACAAUUUUAAAACAAUUAAAUGAUGUUAAUCAUUCAUGUUUAAGUUUAUCAUCUGAUACUGUUUUUUUAAAUAUUUUAAAUCGUGUACCAUUACAUCUAAUUGAAUAUGUUGGUGGAUGUUUAUUAAAAAAAUGGUAUUAUGAAAAAAUUGAUUUAGAUAAUGAACAAUUAGAUUUUUUAAAAAAUGUUGGUUUAUUAAAUAUUAAAAUAGCUUUAACAUUACAAAUUAAACCGGAUGUUGAACUUGUUAAAAUAUUAAUAUUUUUUGGUGAUAAUGAUGAUAUAUUUAAUAUACUCAUUGAUAUUUUAAAUACUAUCAAUGAUAUUGAUGAAAAAUUUUUAGAAAAUAUUCGUUUUAUAUUCGAUGCUAUAUCACAUUUUGAACAUGGUCAUUUUAAUCGUAAAGAAAAUGUUCAUAUAUUACGUAAUCAUUAA